AUGUUCGGCAGAAGCGUCAACAAGUCACAAACCGAGAGCUUUUCGAAAAAGCGACGAGAUGGAAAGAGAUCAUCAUUUCGGGACCAUGGCAUUUCUAAGAACCGCCAUGAGCGGUCCAUGCGAAGGGCUCCGGCCGAAGAAGCGCACCCGCCUGGAAGCACCCUAACUUCAUCGAUAAUAACACUCGUCGUUGGCCGCGAGCAACGCCUCUUUGCCGCACACGAAGACGUCCUCUGCAUCUCGCCCUUCUUCCAGGCAGCAUGCAGAGGCCAAUUUAUGGAAGCACCAAACAAGAGAGUGUCACUUCCCGAUGAAGAGCCCGAAAUAUUCUCCUCGGUACUCGAAUACCUCUACAAAGGCGACUACUACCCUCGCCUGGUGCAUAACAAGCGGAGGAAUUCAUGGGAGUUGGAGACUAGUGAGGGAGGGACAGGGAGCGUGGAGAGUACCAUCCAUCAUAGCGGGGUUGCUGGCGAAUUGUUGAAGGACACCGUUAUCUAUUGCACGGCGGAGAAAUACGGCCUCGAGGAACUGAAACGCGUUGCACUUCGCAAGCAAGGUCUACAAUCGGGCAUUCAGUGUAGCACAAUUCUCUCCUCCGCCCGCUACGCUUACGCCAAUACACCUGACAGCGACUCUAAGCUCCGGGCACACUACCUCGCGCUCAUUAUCCGCAGUCGGGGAACUUUCAAGCGAAGUGGCACAAUGCAGAUGGAGAUGCAGGCUGGCGGGAGUCAAUUGUUCUUUGAUCUGUUUGUGGCUUUGUGCAACCAUGUCGAUGAUGUUGCGAGUGCUGCAGGCUCGCCACGUAGCAUCCGAACGCAUCAUUAG